AUGGAGCAUCGAGGGAUGGAGCGACGCAAAACGGAGCAACGCAGCGGAGACGGGCGCCAAAUUCAAGCGCGAUGGUCUCGUGUUUUCCUGAAGGAAGAGGGGAGUGUGAGGAGCGAUAUAGAUGAAGUGCUGCGUUAUGGUGACGAAUUCGGAGUGAGCUUGUCAGGCACACUAGACGUUAUGCGGAGGCAGUUUGGCGAAUGGGUUGCGAGGAAUGAAGGAAGCAUUCCUUACUCACUGAGGAUCGCCGAGCUGGAGCGACUGCAUGGACGCCGUGCCUCACUCAGGGAUGAGGCAACGACCGCCGUCACGGAGGACGACCUGGAAUCAGAGCUUGCGCAUGUGGCGCGGCUCUGUGUGCCCUCCACAAGCGCAGCAGCACGACUGCAGGGCACGCGACAGGGUGAGAUGAGAGCCACAUCCACCCCGCAACCGGAAAUUAGGCCACGAGGACACGACAGCACAGCUCAGGAAUAUCCAAAGGUGGCCAAACAAGUGCGGGAGUGGAGCUUCCGCUUUGAUGGCACCACAAAGCCUUUGGAAUUCUUGGAGCAGGUGGAGUGGUCGGCGGACACCUAUGGUCUGGAUCUGGACAUGAUCCCGCGGGCGAUGCCAGAGCUGCUGAAGGGCAUGGCAUUAAAAUGGUACGUGGCCAACAACCGGCACUGGACGGCGUGGGCGACAUUCGUGCGCAGCUUCCAGGAGUUUUUCCUGCCCAGAGGCUAUCUGGAGAAGCUGGAGGAUGACGUCAAACGCCGGAGGCAAAUGGUAGAUGAGAGCUUUAAGGUCUACAUGGUGGAGAUGCAGACCCUCAUGCGGCCUCUGCGCUAUGGAGCAGACAAUGAGAUGAAGCUCAUCUACAACAACAGCCUUCCCGAUCUGCGUGCCUACGCCCGCCCCUAUCAAUUCCAUAGUCUCGUGGAGUUGAUGCACCUGGCAGAUGAGUUCGAGGAGCUGGAGAAGGACCGCGAGAGAGGCGAAGCCUUCUCCUGCGCCAAGGACAGGCGCAACCGGAGCAAGGACACACAUCCCGAAUCCAGCCAGGGCAUGCCGAGUGUGUGGCCAGGAGGGGCACCGCGCGUUUACGUGUCGCAACAAGGCGCUGGAUUUCUGCUGGCAGUGCGGGCGCAUUGGAGUAAGAACGUUUGCCUGUUGCCAGUCGGGAAACGAGAAGCGACACCCGCCAUCCAGGGGCGAGCGGGAGCAGCAGUCAGGAGCCCCCAGGCACUAGUGGGCCGCCUCCAGGAUGAAGGCAGCCAGAUGUCGGCGAUCGUGGCCAUUGGAGCCACUCAACAAAGAGCUACGAUCGACACGGGAGCCACAAGCAGCUUUAUCAGCGAAAAGCUUGCUGACGAGCUCAGAGGAGUGGGCGUGGUGCGUGCUACACGGUGGCGCAUACGCUUAGCGGACGGCAGUUGCAGUCAGGUGGACUCGCAACUGGAGGCGACGAUCAGCCUGGGGAAUCGGCAAAUACAGAUUCCGUUGCUGAUUCUGCCAGGAGUGAUCGAAGAUCUAGUGCUGGGCUGGGAUUUCUUGGCCAGCAUGGGCACCACACUGGAGUGCGGUGGCUUGACAUUGAAGGUCGAGCCAAGAAUUCCACAGUCGAGCGGACAGCCGGAGGAGAAGCUAUCCGUGGUUGUGGCCAGCGUGGAGGCGAACCCAGCGACGCCGAUGGAGGCGAAAAUGGAACAGCCAACGCCUAUGCACAAUGACCCAGAGGUGGAUGCUUUCCUGAGGCAUGAGCUGGAGAAGUUCCAGCAUGUGAAGGGCACCACCAAGAUCACGGAGCACCGGAUCAGGAUGCAGGAUAACAGGCCCAUAAAGCAGCGCUACUUCCCCAAAAAUCCAAAGAUGCAGGCGGAGAUCAACCUGCAGGUGGAUGAGCUGCUGGCCAAAGGCUGCAUCGAGCCCUCGAAGAGCCCACAUAGCGCGCCGAUUGUCAUGGUUCGUAAGAAGAAUGGGAAGUGGCGGCUAUGUGUGGAUUUUCGACAGCUAAACAGCAGAUCCAUCAAAGAUGCAUACCCUUUGCCGCGUGUGCAUCACAUUCUGGACCAACUGCGAGAGGCGCGCUACAUCAGCAGCCUGGAUUUGAAGGAUGGGUAUUGGCAGAUACCGAUGGAGAAGGCCAGCAGACCACUGACGGCAUUCACGGUGCCAGGAAAGGGGCUCUUUCAGUGGAAAGUGAUGCCAUUUGGACUCCAUUCUGCGCCAGCAACGUUUCAGCGAGCUCUGGACCAAGUGAUCGGCCCAGAAAUGAUGCCCCAUGCCUUUGCCUACCUGGACGACAUCAUCGUCAUCGGCCGGACGCGACAGGAGCAUAUGAACAACCUACGAGAGGUGUUCCGGCGACUGCGGGCAGCCAACUUGAGGAUCAACAUCGACAAGUGCGAUUUCUUCAAGAAAGAGCUAAAGUAUCUGGGUCACAAGGUCACGGAGGAUGGCAUUUGCACGGAUCCAGAGAAAGUGGCCGCUAUCGCCGAGCUGAAGCCACCCACAAACGUAAAAGAGUUACGGCAAUACGUGGGCGUGGCUUCAUGGUACCGCCGCUUUGUGCCAGAUUUUGCAGCCACAGUGCAUCCGCUAAAUGCACUGCUCAAAAAGGGCACGAAGUGGGAGUGGACGGAGGAGCGGCAAAGAGCGUUCGAGACGGUAAAGGCCAAAUUGACGGAGUCACCGGUGCUGGCGUGCCCUGAUUUCUCGAAGCCAUUUUGCUUGCAAACAGACGCAAGCAAUUAUGGGCUUGGGGCAAUCCUGACGCAGACCUCGGAGGAUGGAGAGCGCGUCAUUUCGUAUGCCAGCCGGACACUGAACAGUGCUGAAAAGAACUAUUCAGCUACUGAGAAAGAGUGUCUGGCUAUAAUCUGGGGCAUACGAAAGCUCAGGCCAUACCUGGAAGGCUACAAAUUUGUAGUGGUCACUGACCAUAUGGCUCUGAAGUGGCUCAAUUCAAUCGAGAGCCCAACGGGAAGGAUUGCCAGAUGGGCACUGGAGCUGCAGCAGUAUGACUUCGAGAUCCGCUACAGGAAGGGCAAGCAGAAUGUGGUAGCAGAUGCGCUCUCACGGCAGCCUCUGGGAGAGGAGGCGUGUCGAUUGGUCAAGAGCAAGGAGACGCCAGCUGGGACAGGAUGUCGCUGGCUCACCAGGCUUCAGCAAGACAUAAAGAAGGCGCCACAUAAGUUUCCAGACUAUAUGGAAGAGUCUGGAAACUUAUAUCGGCACAUCCCUCAUCAAGCCGGCCACGAGGAUGUGGCUGCAUGGAAGUUGUGCGUGCCGGCGGACCGGCGCAAACAAGUGCUGGAGGAGAACCAUGACGCAGCCACCGCUGGCCACCUUGGGAGUCGAAAAACUAUCGCUCGGGUGGCAGCGCGGUAUUACUGGCCAGGUAUGUACCGGGAUGUGAGAAGAUACAUACAGCGAAGCGAGAGCAAGCGAGCGUAG